AUGUCGGUCAGCUCGGCUUCCGGAAACAUGCUCAGACGCACCCUUUUUAGCGUCCGGUUGACGACGCAGCAACUGAGCGCCGCUGAGUGCUCCUCCCAGGUCGCCAGACCCGCGGUGUUUGGAUCCUAUAGAAGCGUCCACCGUUCGGCUCGAUUGCCCGCUAUCACUGCAUCUGAGGCUCGUCGUCGGCCGACCUUGAAGCCUCAUCAGCAUUCUACCGUGCAGGCUCGUGUGAACGGACCCUCGCCGUCGAGCAAGCGGACGAUAUUCAUUCAGACGGAAAACACUCCGAACCCUGAUGCAUUGAAAUUCAUCCCUAACCAUCGUGUCCUCCCCGAGGAUUUCCCGUCUACAUUCCUCGAGUACCUGUCACCCCGCUCUACCCUCGCUGCUCCGCACCCCUCUCCCUUGGCGGCGAGCCUGCUCAACGUCGACGGUGUCACCUCCGUGUUUUACGGACCUGAUUUCAUCACUGUGACCAAGGCGACCGACUCGAACUGGGCCCACAUCAAGCCCGAGAUCUUCAGUCUCAUCACCCAGGCGGUGACCUCGGGCGAAUCCAUUGUGAACACCAUCGCCAAGACCGGUGCUGAGCAUGGACAGGAGGGUGGCGAGUCGGAGUCUCUCAGCUAUGACGAAGAGGAGGACGAGGUCAUUGGCAUGAUCAAGGAGCUUUUGGACACAAGAAUCCGGCCCGCGAUCCAGGAGGACGGUGGUGACAUUGAGUUCCGGGGCUUCGAGAACGGUAUUGUCUUGCUCAAGCUACGCGGAGCUUGUCGGACUUGCGAUUCGAGUACCGUGACGCUGCGCAAUGGUAUCGAGUCUAUGCUGAUGCACUACAUCGAGGAGGUCCAAGGAGUCGAGCAAGUGCUGGACCAGGAAGAGGAGAUUUCGAUGCACGAGUUUGCCCGGUUUGAGGAAAAGCUGCGUCAACAGAAGGGCGCAGCCGCCACUGCGUCGACCGGUGGCAAGGGCACAUUGGAUUCGGCUCCUUAA